AUCUAGUCGCUUCACAUUUUCUAGGGGAGACGAUGACGAUCACGACGACGUACGGUCUGCGAGACAUCAAAAAGCAUUGGCGCUAAGUCAACUAAGAACUGCACAAAAACGGUCUUUAUUGCCGCCUCCUCGUCCUGGAAGUGCUCCGCUUAGCGGCUUUUGCCACUUGCUUCCUCUUGGUUUUUCUGUCUUUUUGUUUCGUUUCAUGUGUUUCCCCGCGCCCCUCCAGAGUCCACCGCUCCAGCCUGCAAAUGUGUGCUGGGGGAUUCUGGAGGGGCGCGGGGAUUUGGAGGGUGCCCGAGGUUCUUGGCUCGCAACUGGGUGAGGGUUUUCCAGGAGGGAGCGCAGUAGGCGGCGAGUGUUCUGCGGAUUCGCGUCAUGCCCGGAAGGAUUGAAUUUUGUCCGGAUUUUUGCAGUCCUUAGUUGAAUUUUCUCCAUUCAAACCCCACUUGUCUGUGGUCAGAUUUUUCACCAUAAUCGGAGAAGUUUGAGGCAGUCCGCCCGAGGUUCUUCGUCCUUGGGUCUUUUCAUGUUGUUAAGUGUUGGACUUUUGACCACUCGGCGCCCCGAGGCUCUCGCGCCGGGUGGGAUUAGUUACAAAGAAGAGAGACACGCCGCCGCCUCUAAAUGGCCAGGCCAUUCCCAAUGCGCGCCGCUGUGUGUGCGCAGAUUGUCGGGGGGGUUUGCUGGCUUUGUUCGCACUCUUUUGAAGUAUUUCAGCGGGGAACUUUUCGGGGGUUUCAACUGAAUUGAGUAAACUCCUCUACUGUGUGCCGUGUUCCGGCUCGCGAGGCCAUUUUUGAUGAAAAAACUGAAAAGAUGUCUUCAGAUUUUUUUCCAAAAAUGGCUUAGCGAGCCGGAACACGGCAAACAAUAGAGGAGUUUAUUCAAUUUGUUGGCAUUUUUCAAGAAGGGCUGGACUGGUUGCCGCUUCAGUUCCAAAGGGCUCGCGCCUCCUCUUUUUGUUUAGUUUCGAUGGUGUAGCGUGCUCGCCGCGCCUCUCGUGCUUCUGCAGUUGGUUGAUUAGAAUGGCGCUAAGUCAACUAAGAACUGCACAAAAACGGUCUUUAUUGCCGCCUCCUCGUCCUGGAAGUGCUCCGCUUAGCGGCUUUUGCCACUUGCUUCCUCUUGGUUUUUCUGUCUUUUUGUUUCGUUUCAUGUGAUUCCCCGCGCCCCUCCAGAGUCCACCGCGCCAGCCUGCAAAUGUGUGCUGGGGGAUUCUGGAGGGGCGCGGGGAUUUGGAGGGUGCCCGAGGUUCUUGGCUCGCAACUGGGUGAGGGUUUUCCAGGAGGGAGCGCAGUAGGCGGCGAGUGUUCUGCGGAUUCGCGUCAUGCCUGGAAGGAUUGAAUUUUGUCCGGAUUUUUGCAGUCCUUAGUUGAAUUUUCUCCAUUGUAUUUGAUGCUAAGACAAGGACAGGCGACCUGUUUAUGACAAUGAUUCCUUUCCUGUAUCAAACUCAUGCUAGAAAAACGUAUCUUCAGACUCCGCUAGUAUUAAAAGAGCACUUCUGCACCGGAACCAGAAACACGAAUGAACAGACGACUGACAGCACAAAAGCAAAACAUCGAGCAUUGUAUGGCAUUUUUGGACGAGGAUUUCAUAUUGUGCAUGAUUUGCGAAAGGCAAAGCCAGAAUAGAAGAAAUAGCA